GCGCCCAGUUCCAACAUGGCGCUCACGAGCCUCACCGGACACAGCGCAACUCCCAGGACCCCAUCGGGCCCAUCACGUCAGACGACGCGAGCCUCAGCCGGAAGUGAAGGAAAAAGCGCUCCAGCCCGCGGCGCCUGCGCAGAAGGCUGUAGACGCUGUGAAGCAGGAGGCACUUGGGAUCGUCCGCAGGAUUGGGACUGCCACAGAGGCCGCCACGGAGCCCGCCGGAGCUACCGUUCCUCUCGCUGCUGCCGCCGCUGCCCGAGUCGGAACCGUCGGGCCGCAGCCGCCGGCAAUGCCGCGAAGGAAGGUUUGAACUUGGCGUUUUCAGCAUCACGGUUCGUUUUAUUUCCAGUGUUAAUACAAACCCACAGAGUAAAUGCUUCUGUGCUAAUGUCUGGAUCUAUGGUGUUACAGAGGAAUGCAGGCAGUAGUUCAGAUGGAACCGAAGAUUCCGAUUUUUCUACAGAUCUCGAGCACACAGACAGUUCAGAGAGCGAUGGCACGUCUCGGAGAUCUGCCCGAGUCACCCGCUCCUCAGCCCGGCUGAGCCAGAGUUCCCAAGAUUCCAGCCCUGUUCGAAAUUUGCCGUCUUUUGGCGCUGAGGAGCCUGUUUAUUCUACCAGGAGAGUGACCCGCAGUCAGCAGCAGCCUGCCCCAGUGACUCCGAAGAAAUACCCGCUUCGGCAGACUCGCUCGUCUGGCUCAGAAACGGAGCAAGUGGUUGACUUUUCCGACAGAGAAACUAAAAAUACAGCUGACCAUGAUGAGUCUCCACCUCGAACUCCAACUGGAAAUGCACCUUCUUCUGAGUCUGACAUAGAUAUCUCCAGCCCCAACGUGUCUCAUGAUGAGAGCAUUGCCAAGGACAUGUCCCUGAAGGACUCGGGCAGCGACCUCUCUCAUCGCCCCAAGCGCCGUCGCUUCCAUGAAAGCUAUAAUUUUAACAUGAAGUGUCCUACACCAGGCUGUAACUCUCUAGGACAUCUUACAGGAAAACAUGAGAGACAUUUUUCCAUCUCAGGAUGCCCGCUUUAUCACAACCUCUCAGCUGACGAGUGCAAGGUGAGAGCACAGAGCCGGGAUAAGCAGAUAGAAGAAAGGAUGCUGUCCCACAGGCAAGAUGACAACAACAGGCAUGCAACCAGGCAUCAGGCACCAACAGACAGGCAGCUGCGAUAUAAGGAGAAGGUCGCUGAACUCAGGAAGAAAAGAAAUUCCGGGCUGAGCAAAGAACAGAAAGAGAAAUACUUGGAACACAGGCAGACCUACGGGAACACGCGGGAACCUCUCUUGGAAAACCUGACGAGCGAGUAUGACUUAGACCUUUUCCGAAGAGCACAAGCCCGGGCUUCAGAGGACUUGGAGAAGUUAAGGCUGCAAGGCCAAAUCACAGAGGGGAGCAACAUGAUUAAAACAAUAGCUUUCGGUCGCUAUGAGCUUGAUACUUGGUACCAUUCUCCCUAUCCUGAAGAAUAUGCCCGACUCGGACGGCUCUAUAUGUGUGAAUUCUGUUUAAAGUACAUGAAGAGCCAAACGAUACUCCGCCGGCACAUGGCCAAGUGUGUGUGGAAACACCCACCUGGUGAUGAGAUAUAUCGCAAAGGUUCAAUAUCCGUGUUUGAAGUGGAUGGCAAGAAAAACAAGAUCUAUUGCCAAAACCUGUGCCUGUUGGCCAAGCUUUUCCUGGACCACAAAACAUUAUAUUAUGAUGUGGAGCCCUUCCUGUUCUAUGUUAUGACAGAAGCGGACAACACUGGCUGUCACCUGAUUGGGUAUUUUUCCAAGGAGAAGAAUUCAUUCCUCAACUACAAUGUAUCCUGUAUCCUUACUAUGCCUCAGUACAUGAGGCAGGGCUAUGGCAAGAUGCUCAUUGAUUUCAGUUAUUUGCUUUCCAAAGUGGAAGAAAAAGUUGGCUCCCCAGAACGUCCCCUCUCAGAUCUGGGGCUCAUAAGCUAUCGCAGUUACUGGAAAGAAGUGCUGCUUCGUUACCUGCAUAAUUUCCAAGGCAAAGAGAUUUCUAUCAAAGAAAUUAGCCAGGAGACAGCUGUGAAUCCUGUGGACAUUGUCAGCACUCUGCAAGCCCUUCAGAUGCUCAAGUAUUGGAAAGGAAAACACCUAGUUUUAAAGAGACAGGACCUGAUUGAUGAGUGGAUAGCCAAAGAGGCCAAGAGAUCCAAUUCCAAUAAAACCAUGGAUCCCAGCUGUUUAAAAUGGACCCCUCCCAAGGGCACUUAAAGUGACCUGUUACCUGAGCCAGCGAACCCCAGCAGUAGGAAUCCGUACCCUAGGGAUCUGUCUGUCAUUUCUGUCGCUCUUGUGAUUGGCAAGUACAGUACCCUUUGGGAAGGCCAUCCCCUCAGGACUGUCCUGGCUCCGACCUCCAUGUGCACUGCAGACGCUGGUUCUGAGGAACUGUUGUUUCGGCCUCAGUGAGGUUGCCCGGAUGGGAUCUAUAUUAGACUUGAGCGCAGGUCCCUCAUAGCACUGACCCAAGGUGUUCUGUUUGGUCCUGUCCCUGUCCAGUCACCGGUUCUCUCCUCAUGCUCUCUAGCCCAUGAGGUUGUGUUGUGUCUUCUAAACUUGUAAUAGUGCUUCUUGCCGCCUGGUCGCCAGACCUCCAAAUAUAGUUGCCACUGCCGGGACCUUUCCAAUUAUUCCUUACACGUGUGUUUUGGACGGGCGGGGAAGAGGUAACACUGAGCGCGUGUGUGCUGGGAGGGGUCCAUUCCUUUUGGGUUUCAUCUCACUUUAAAUAUUUUCCUCCAUUUUUAUGGAAAGACUCGUUUUGAUCAGUGUCAGGCUGACCAGAGCCAAAUCCUUUUGAAGCUUCCCCCAGGGAUUAGUCUUGAGAACAGCACAUCCUCUGUGCGAAUGAGAGGGAGAGAGGGAAGAGGCGGAGAUUCUGUGUCGAGUUCACCUGUGGGCAGUGGGCCGUGUCUUGGUGGAAGGGAAUGAAUGCUUUUUGCCUCACCAGAAAGUGCCCAAUAGUAAAUGUUUUCCUCCCUCCUGACUCCACGCCCCCAUUGUGAUUGCAGGUGCCAAAAUAAUUUCCCGCUCUCCCUUUCAUACGGCAUGUGGACUGGUUCAUUAACUGCAAAGCCAUUUCACCAGUACCAGUCUGACCUCGCACACCUUUAUUUCACAUAAGUUGCACUGAUUUCUGUCUGAACAUCCCCGGAGAAGUGGAAACUAAUUGAAAGUCUCUCCACCCAUGACUCAGCAAGGCAGAAUGGCCACCCGCCAGAGUUUGCUUCUCUUUUCAGCAGUGCCUCACCCCUCCUCUAGGCUCAAGUGCUUAUGCCCAUCCAAGAACUCCUCCAUUUCCUUCCUGGGAUUCGCCACCGUCCCCCUCUUCUCUGAUCUCCUAUCUUUGGUGGUAUUUAAGUGAAGGAAGAAAUGCUCCCUCUAAUUUCUCUCUAGCCCAUUAUAACCUGCUAUUUUGGGGCAGCUUUUGAUGUGUGACAUGUCACCCUUCCCAACUUGAUCGCCUGUAACACUGCUGUCUUCUUACGGAGCCCUCACCACAAUCCCGACUCUGGUCAUUUGUGCCUUUCUCUUGUCAUCUCUGUACACUACUUAAUAUUCACUGUGGGUUGAGGGGAGCUCAUUUUAAGCAUGUUCAGUGGCAGCUCCCUGCCAGUUUCAGUGUCACUGUUAAAAUUUAUCCAAAAGCAACUUCACUGGGGGUUUUCUUAAAGGGUAAAGGCCUUUUAUUGAAGCUAACCCUUCCCCACAUGUGGUAGAAUGUGCUGUUCUAUAUCUACUCAAUAAAGCAUGUUCUCUGCUUA